AUGGGAAUACCCCACACUAAGGGGCUGGAGACUGAGCUGUUUAUCCUGUUUCUCACAUUCUACCUCCUCACCCUGUUGGGGAAUCUGCUCAUCCUCACAGCCAUAAUUUCUUCUUCCCAACUUCACACUCCCAUGUAUUUCUUCCUGGUAAAUCUAUCUGUGUUUGACAUAUUUUUUCCUUCAGUAAGUUCUCCUAAAAUGCUGCUCUACCUCAUGGGAUACAGUCACACCAUCUCUUUCCAGGGCUGUGCAUCCCAACUAUUCUUCUACCAUUUUCUGGGCUGCACUGAGUGUUUUCUCUAUACUGUGAUGGCAUAUGACCGCUUUGCAGCCAUCUGUCACCCACUGAGGUAUACAGUCAUUAUGAACCAAUGGGUGUGUACUGUCCUGACCAUAGGUACCUGGUUGGGUGGCUGUCUGCAUUCAGCUGUGCUUACAUUUCUCGUCUUUAAGUUACCCUACUGUGGCCCAAAUAAGGUAAAUUAUUUCUUUUGUGACAUUCCUGUAGUGUUGCCUCUAGCUUGUGCAGAUACCUCUCUAGCCCAGAUGGUGAGUUUCACCAAUGUUGGCAUUGUGGCUCUUCUAUGUUUCCUGCUCAUUGUCACUUCAUACAUUCUCAUUGUGUUCUCCAUAUUGAAAAUCUGCUCAUCAGAGGGCAGGUGCCGAGCUUUCUCUACCUGCAGUGCUCACCUGACCUCCAUCCUCUUAUUCUAUGGGCCUGUGGUCCUCAUCUAUCUCAGACCUGCUUCUACACCUUGGUUGGAUUCUGUGAUUCAGUGUUGA